UUUACCCAAUCAGCGUCCUCCUUCCCACCACACCACAUCCGCGUUGGAAAUUUGUUUUGCAGAUGCUGUAUGUCAGAUUUGGCUGGAUAAACAUCACAGUUGCUGCUUGUUAGACGUAAUGUUGGACGUUACAUAAUCGUUUUCUUCAAAGGAGGCGAAACUGCGUCACUAGGCUGAGCAAUAGUGUAUUAGUAUUUUUUUUUAUCAUCAGUGUCUAGCUUAUCUAAGACAGAGCUAAUGCUAACGACUGCUAGCUAGCAGGCUAACAAAGCAGGCUUUUAUGAUGAAACACCGUUAACUAGCUUGCGUGCCCAUCAGUUAACUGUUUCAGAUGUGUCCGAGCAUAAUUCAUAUUUACAGACAUUGUCCUUUUAGCGUAAUUGUUAGUAAGUUAAACCUACAACAUGGGUUAGCUAAUGCGUCUUAGCUCUGCAAAUACAGCGACCUCACUUGUAGGUACUUUCGUAUUUAUUCAGUUUACAGAUCCAGUUUUGCUCGGUUGUACAGUUAUUGAUUGAGUUUUAUCUUUUGCAUUACAUUAGUUUUAUCUCGUAGGCACACAUCGUUACAUAUUCCUGACAAAUAAGGUCAGUCCGGGAAUUGAUACCCCUGGAGGUUUGAUGUGUUGGACUGUCACUGUCGCCGACAUCUCCCCAAGAAAGCCAUGCUAUGAUGGUGCUACGGCGGUUACUGAGGAAACGAUGGGUGCUGGGAGUUGUCUUCGGACUGUCUCUCAUCUACUUUCUCACCAGCACGCUCAAACAGGAGGAGCGGACCAUACGGGACCGCACUCUCUUAGAAGUUAGGGAUCCAGACCAUCGCAUCCCCUGGAAAGUCCGUUUCAACCUGGGCAACAGCAGCCGACAAAUCACUCAGUGCAGAAACUCCAUCCAGGGCAAGACACUGCUCACAGACGAACUUGGUUACGUCUGCGAGAGAAACGACUUGCUGGUUAACGGCUGCUGUAACGUCAAUGCUCCCAGCUCCAGACAGUACAUUUGUAAAAGCUGCCUGGCCAACGGCUGCUGUAGCAUCUAUGAGUAUUGUGUGUCUUGCUGCCUCCAGCCUGAUAAGCAACUUCUCCUUGAGCGCUUCCUGAAUCGUGCAGCUGAAGGUUUCCAGAAUCUCUUCACUGCCGUGGAGGAUCACUUUGAGCUGUGCCUGGCCAAGUGCAGGACCUCCUCACAAAGUGUUCAACAUGAGAACACUUACCGAAACCCUCAAGCAAAGUACUGCUACGGAGAGAGUCCUCCAGAGCUCCUUCCUGUAUGAGUAUUGGACUUCCUUCUCGAGUUUAGGAAGUACAGGAAGAGCAGCGGGCCAAUGAGAAGGUUCCUAUUCGGACACUUAAAGCUGCUUGGAGAAGAGACUUUCUGCCAAUGAACUGCUCUCUUGGACAAUUUUGCGUCAUAGUGGCAAAGAGAUGGAGACGUCCACGCCUGACCUCACAAAAUUGACAAAUGCUUUCUGUGAUUUGAUUAUUUACACUUCAUAAGUGCAUAGAACGCUUCAUACAUUCAUCCGUGAUGAUCAUCAGGUCUACAUAGCAGGCAGCUCAUCCAUCAGGAUUCGCUUCAAACCGGUUCAUGUCAUUAAAAUAGGCUUAAUUUUUAAAAGAAGGUAACAGCUGUUUCGUGUUUUGUUGAAUCUUAAUAACAGCAAAGAAUGUGUCAUUAAUUCUGUGUGUAGUGCAUGCAUAUGAAACUGCUAUUUAAUAAAAGUGACUGUGAAAUUAAA